AUGAAAGCCAAGAAACGCGAUAUUUUUGUUCUGCCCGCAAAGUUAUAAUCACAGCAGCACAGCGGCGGCAGCAGCAGCUAUGGCCGCUUUCCGCAGAGUGGCAGCGCUGGCCGGUAAGCUAAACCUCUGGUCUGCUGCGAGAAACGAGCUCGUCGGUGGUCAGACGGCCAGUGGAGGACGGGCACGGAGGUGUAUGGCUGUUGGUAUGUGUCUGGCAACGGGAGGUGCGGUGGCACUCUACUUCUACAGCGAUAUGACGAGCGGCAGAGGCAGGAAGAGGAUGGGGAGUCCCAGCAGCAUCAGCGGUCUGCUGCCGUCCAUCCCGACCGUAGAGGCCAAGGAGAAGGGUCGUCCUUUUGACUUUGAGGACGGUGAUGUGUACAUGUCAUCCCACGAGCAUCGCUUCCGCAUGUUCAGCUCUGUGGAGUAUGAAGGGCAGCUGUACAUGACUCCACAGAACUUCAUAGAGUCGGUCACCAUGAGCGAACCGAGAAGCAAGAGGCCCUGGAGGUCCCUGACCAAACAGGAGCUGGAGAAGAUUUUGACAGACACUCCCCCUGUGUGGAGAGGAUCCUCCAAACUGUUCCGCAACUUGAGAGAACGAGGCAUCAUCUCAUACACAGAAUACCUGUUCCUGCUCUGCAUCCUUACAAAGCCCCAUGCUGGCUUUAAGAUUGCUUUCAAUAUGUUUGAUGCAGACGGCAACCAGAUGGUGGACAAGAGGGAGUUCUUGGUGCUUCAGGAGAUAUUCCGGAAGAAAAAUGAGAAGAGAGGGAGGAAAGGAGAUGCUGAGAAAUCAGCACAAUUGAGUAUGCAGCUCUAUGGAUAUCAGGUUGCCCCCAUGAACAGCGUGCUAAAAAAAGACAGUCAGGAGUUUGUGGCGAGGAGUUACUGGGACGUUCUGAGGCGAAGUGCCAGUCAAGUCCUCUUUUCUGACCUGGCCGAGCGAGCAGAUGAGAGUAUCACCAUUGACACCACCCUAUUGGUCCAUUUCUUUGGGAAGAAAGGGAAGGCAGAGCUUACAUUUGAUGACUUCUACAGGUUUAUGGAUAACCUUCAGACAGAGGUGUUGGAAAUAGAGUUUCUGACCUAUUCUAAAGGGAUGACCACCAUCAGUGAAGAGGACUUUGCAAAAAUCCUGCUGCGCUUCACCAACGUGGAGAAUAUCAGCGCCUACCUGGAGAAUGUUCGCCAGUGUAUACCCGACGAGAAGGGAAUCACCUUUGAUGAGUUCAGAUCCUUCUUCCAGUUCCUCAACAACCUCGAGGACUUUGCCAUCGCCAUGCAGAUGUACAAUUUUGCUUCUCGCUCCAUUGGACAAGAUGAGUUUGCGAGAGCUGUCUACGUGGCCACUGGGCUGAAGCUGACACGUCACCUUGUACACACCAUCUUCAAGAUCUUUGAUGUAGAUCACGACGACCAGCUCUCCUACAAGGAGUUCAUUGGAAUAAUGAAGGACCGACUACACAGGGGAGCCAGGGGCUAUAAAUCUGUGGAGCGCGCCACCUCUUUUAGAUCCUGUCUGAAGAAGGAGCUGGCAAGCAGCAGGUGAAGCGCCAACACCACACCUCCUUCUCCAGCUGUGUUCGCUCUGGAGCCAGACGACAGGUGCACCAGCUCUUGAGGAGGUUCAAGGAGAAGCCGUAGAGGAGGAGAGUGAAAGAAGGCAAAAAAACAAAUGGAGGAAGAAGUCUGAGGGCAGAAUAAAUGGCAUUUGGGUUCUGGCUUUUCUAGUCAUUGACCUGAGUUAACAACAUUGCAUUUCCAAGGGCAGAUCUCCAAUGAACUUGUGAUAACUAAGCAUGACCACACACAGCUGACAGAUGCUCUGUAUUCUGAUAAUGAGCAACAUCAUUCCGUUUUUGGUUCCUGUUUCACAAGUCAUGUAGAUCUGAUGUCAGUUAUCCCAAGUAUGAUUUACAUUCUUAUUUGUGUAUUAAAACAAAGCAGCAUUAGAUUAGACGUUGAUUACUUUGAAGAAGGUAUGAAGAACUGAAAAAAUAUGUCAAUUUCUUUUCAAUUAAGCUGUUAAAGAAUAUUUUAAUGAUUGUACUUAUUCUGAUCCGGCCAAAAAAGUGUAAAGUACAGUAUUUGUUUCAUAACUAAUGAAUGUGUCAUAUACAGAAUUCUAUUUUCACAACUACUUAGCAGUUGUUGAACUGUGGCGUUAUAAACUGUAACAGCUGAAAGAGCACAACAAUAAUUAAGUCAUUACAAAAUUGAUUUGAUGAUGAUGACAUUAACAUUUAAAUAUUAAAAUAAAUUCUACAUAAUAUAUUAUAUUAACAUACAGAACAGUACAGUGAAAAAUUAAAAGGAGGUAUUGUGAAUAUGUAUUGUCCUCACCUCAUUUUAGUCAUGUCAGCCUUUUUUAACUUAAAUUUGGUUUGAUGUCAUCUAGCUAGUAAAGUUGUAUACUACUAUUUUAUUGCACGGAGUGACUAUAUAAACGCUAUUACAGUUAGGAAUGCUUUAUUAUCAUAAUAUUACUAAAGCAGGAAAACUUUGAGCAGGUAGUGACCGCAUAGAUGAUAAAAGACAAGGGACCAUGCUGAUUAUUUUUAUUUUGUAAUUAUAAUAUUCAGUUUAAGAUGACCGAAUCCUUAUUGCCUUGACCUAUAUGUGUUUCAGAGUCUCAUGCGUGUGUGUAGGUGCCUUCUAUCUAUUCCCUUUAUCAUCUCAUUAUCAUCAUGUCACAUAGCAAAUCAGACUUUGUACCACAUAAUUCAGCACUAUGUUGCUUUUAACAGCAACAGAACAUUGAAUAUGUCCAUAACAAUGUUGUAAUAUAUCAUGAGUCACUAAAUAUAAUUUUUGAAUGUCCUGUGUGUGAAAUAUGGAAUAUAUUUUGAAUAUUUUGAAAAUGAAGGAAGAAGUCUAGAUGAGUAAAGAAUGGUGGAGUCCGGAGUUAUUUCGCACAAUGUACAUUUUUGUCAUUGUCUUCCCAAUAAUUCAUUUAUUCGUCUCAUCAGUGGACCUGGUGAACAACUUUUCUUGCAUGAAUAAACUUUUUUAGGAAGA